AAUUUUUCUUAAUAGUCGGUGUAUAGUGCUACAGUUCGUAGAAGUGUGUUUGAGAGACGCCACCUGCUGCGGAACCAGUCUGCAUUGAAACUGUGUCGCGUUGCGGUCUUGUACAUCAGCGAGUAACUGGAUAUACGAGGGCACAAGUCACACGGGUAGUUCGGAAGAACAUGUCCGGAGAGGUUGCGACCUGUGUGCUUCGGAUGAAUGCCCCAAUCAACCCGCUGGCGUUUCCUUUGUUUGGCAUAACCAAGUAUGAAAAUCAACACUAUCUGGCAGCAAGCAAGAUUAGAUGGACUAGGUUCACCAUUGCCGCUGCCGCAUUAAAUAAUGUCCACGAAGAGGCAACAGUUGAGGCGAAAGCGGGGCACUCGGCUUCCGAGGUAAUGGCCCAAUUUCCGGAGGAACCUAUCUUGUGUUCGGCUCCAUGAAGUCCCUUGAACUCUUAUUGGCACUAGCUGCAAUAGCCGACACAGUGGCCAGUGCUGCGAGCGAAAAGCCCAGAACCAGAUAAGGUUCCAAAUCCUUUCAGUUGCUACGAGCCAUGAAGACCUUCUGAGUCAGUGAAUCGAGAGAGAGCUUGUGUGCUGAAGACAAUCAAGUAUUGCUACUCUAAAGUGAGCUGCUUCGUGGCCCGGUGGUCCGUGCGAACCACAGCACAGUGCGUUGUGGCCGAAGAGGUUUCUCCGUUUUUAGUUGACAUGGGAAAGUGCCACGUCCUGCAACUUCCAAUCUGUUCCUGGUCUCCUACACUAAGCAUUACCACAUAGAAACAAAAUAGAGCACGAAAUCUUAAACGCAUUUCCACGCAAGCCGCAGGCAUGGUCUGCUCGCUUCUCUUCUGCCUGCGCUACUUGACUAAGAAGACAGAAGAUAGCGUAACCAUUCCUGAAGAAUCUUGAUUUGCUGCAGAAUUAGAAUUAAGUUACUUUCACAUGUUCAGGUGUUUUUCUCCUGGAAAGUUCCUUUUUUUUCCUACACACCGGACAUUUUCUGGGUCACUUGACCGGCUCUCCCGGUCUGGUCGCCUGUCUGUUUGUGUGAUCAUGCAUCGUGCCAAGAAAACGGAUGUCUCUCGUGCGUCUUUUUGGGUAGAGGGUCGCCUACGAAUGUGAGAAGCGUGUGUGGACGUGGUGGCGUCCACAAAUUAUCGCUGAACAGGAACCCUAUCUUUUUUAAUGGUUAAAACGGUAGUGUACCAAGCGCGAUGACAAAGGCCGCCGUCCUUUUCGGCUGGUGCACGAAUCAAUCAUCAUAAAUCGUAUCCAAGGGUGACAGGGUGACAGCGCAACUCCGGAAUGCGGCAAUCAGCGAGUUGGCAGCCGCAAAUUUUUUUUGCCUUGCUUCCUCGGCAACGUACCUGCUGCCGAAUGCACGUUUUCCUGGCAUGUGUACAACUUUUUCUUCCACUUCAAAAGCCUUGAGGCCUCCUAAAGGACCACUGUACAUAUGCCGAUCACGAGAAACGUAGGCAGACUCAUACUGGAUCAGAGGUACUGAUAGGAUGAGACAGUAAUGAUUCGUGUAUAAAGGGCGCUGUCGAGCUGCGUGAAAGAUAGCCGUAGGAGGAGAGGGGCAGAUGUCGUUUUGGUGUCUGCAGUUCUUCCAAGGUUUGAUUCACUUGUGCACGUGUUCCAAGUAUUUCAAACAGAGGGGCGAUCGGUAGUCUCAUGUCAUACAGCGCCCGUUUCACUAUUGGAUUUUUUUCUAUUUGUGCUACCAUAAUACUCUUCUGCCUUCUUUCUGGUUCAGUACUGAGCCAGAACGUGACAAGUCUAGUCGCAGCGAUAUCGGCUCAAAUUUCAGACGUGCGAAGACCGUUGCGAAGGCACAUCCCCAUCAUCUUCGUGAUGAGUAUUGACAUAUCUGCCACAGUCUCCACGGAUACUGCAUUUGAUAUCGACCGUGAUGAGUUUAAAGCGGCAUCAACUGCCAAAGUUCUUCUGACGCCGGUGUGGUCUCAGAUUUCCUGCUCUGAAGGAAUGGAAGCCGCGACACUCCCUCCGGAAGUCUCCAUGACGGAGACCGCCGCCAGCAACACUGAUCUGGAAAAGGAAAUCUGCGAGGAGGAAAAGAAGGGAGCCAUUGUUGCUCCCUAUGGGCCUCUUUCCCUGUUGGAGUACACCAACUCUUUCCAACUCGGCGAUAUCGCAGACGUCUGGUUCGACUCGAUCACCCGAGAGGCCACAGCCUUCCGCGGCAGCUGGCAGGUCCUUCUUAAUCGGUCAGAUCCUGUGGAUGAGCUUAUGAAGGCACUGGGGAUAAGCAUGCUGAAGCGUCGAGUGAUGGCUUCAUACAGCAGCAUCACAGACAUGGAACUUAUCAAGGACGACGCGAAGUCGCCUGUGAUAAAGAUUACUACCCAUCUUCCUCUUAACAACCUGAAGCAGUCUGUUGUGGCGUUUGACAAUACCUGGGCUGAGCAGAAGGACUCAGACACCGGCACCUGGCGCACGUGGAGCGUGUGGAUCAACGGGAGAGCCAUCCAACGGAGAGAGGGGCCUCUUGGCACCAUGUUUGACGUCAGGGCAAUUUUUCCCUCUGAUCCUCUUUCUACGGAGUCGAAAAUUGAAAGUCAGGGAGUUUCUGGACCUCUCAUGCUCUUUAAGUGGACGUUUAUCCCCACAGGCAAGCCGCCAAUCACUUCCAUGCGAUGGAUGAAGAAGUUGUAGGGCAAUAUGUGCUGUGGAGCGCCUGGUUACGGCAUUAUUUUUAGACAUACGGCCGCGACGCUUCAUCAGUCAAAAGAGAAACCAACUCGAAUACAAACAAUUUUGACUUGAAGACUUCAGACAAAGAAUGAUUGUGGAACGUGUCGAAUGGCCACUCGACUUACAUCCUACACCAUUGCGUACGAUGGUAUGCUGUUUGCCUCUCAUUGUAUGCUCGCAAGAACCGCUUAAGGGUAACUGAUGCCUCGGAUAAAAAGUGGCAAUUUUAGGUUGACUGAGCGUUUGUCCCUAGUGGAUUUGAUGAAUAAAGAGACUAUCUAAUGAAUGUGCUUCGGCACCGUAGUCGCCCUUUGAUUUGGAACAAAGUAACCGUUUUGUGAUGAGAAGAAAGUCCAAAGUGUGUAUUUCACGGUCGACCUGCGCCGAGGCCGCGGGUAGGUGAGGUGAGCUGAGUCGUGUCCUUACCUGCCCGCGGAGCGUUAUCUUAUGUUCGCAACCUCUUACCUGAUGGGAGACCCGCUAUUCUCACCACACAAAUCAUUAGGAAUAUACUGCGAAGAACAAGAUGAGCUUAUAUGGGAACCCCAAAAGCAAAAACUCAAAAAACAACGCAUCGCCGUUGCUCCAUUUUGUACAGACCUAUGCUGAUUUCGCUUUCCGGAGGAAAAAACUGGAGAAAGCCUUCACCGAAACCACUAUAACCCCCAGUGUCGUCUUCCUCUGACUGUCGCGGGAUGUUGCAGUCCCCCAAGUUGUCCCCAGGCGUUGCCGCUUGAACUGACCGAAUAUGUCACCGUGUUUUUGCUCGCCUCCCGCUAUCGAGGUGUAGAUACACACAGCGUAAAUCUCGCGUAUGACGGCAACCGUAUAACGUCAGCCAGGUUUGUCCUGGUAUAGUGCUGCCAACUUCAGAGCGGCCUUCCCAGGUCUGAUUGCUUAACGCCUCUCGUCGGUCUAAGGACGAUCAUCUCAGCAUAGCAGAUCAGAAAUUCUUUUUUCGCUUCACAUGGACAAGAAGCAUAUUCUGGAAUGCGUUGUAAACGGUGAUGGUUCAGUCGAUGACUGAUAAGCUUGGAAUUGAUCCGCUUGUGGUUAGGCUGAACGGACGAGGGCGUUUCAUCGAUGCACAUGUACAUAUUAAACCUGUAGAGUACUUCAAAACAAAGAUGCCGAAUAUUUUCGUUAUUGUGCAAUGGCUCCAGUUAUGGCAACCAGGCAGUGGAUAUUCCGUUUCAGUUAUCUUCUGGGCGUAGUAUGCAGAAGAUUGCUACCAGCAUUAUUAACAGCGAGACAAAACUGUUUGUUAGAUGCUAGUUCAACCGUUCGUGACGUAUUGGAAGUGGCAGUCUCUAUGACACGAUUAUUUACAUGCUAUUAUUUCUAAUACCUACUUUGAUUCAAGAAAGAACAUCCGAAUACGGUUGCCGCUGUUGUAGGGCUGUACUCAAUAAUGCCAUCACAGUGACUAAUAAUGGCAGGGCAUGCAAAAUGUGUCUUGAUGCCAGGAAUGAUCCCGUACUAUGAAGAAUGAAGCAACUCAAACGACCAGCCGUCCCAAGGCAGUGCUACUAUUUAUCAAUGUCCGCAUCCUCACUAAAUUGUUCUGGACGUGGCAGGGUUUUGAAACGAAAAGGCAUUCGAAAAGUAAACGUGAUUCGUGUGAGACUUCGAGCAAGCGAGUUGUCAUUGUGCUUCGUAGACUUGCCGUGAGACAACCACAGUCAAGUUUCUC